ACCACUACGUUAUUCGGAACAAGGCUUCGGCUAGGUAAUGAACGGGUCCUUUCUUCGAUUCUACUGCCGCAGCUUAUCAUCUUUUGAUUCCGUGCAUACAAACGAAUCUUCAAUCAAUUCCCCGAUCCCCAAUUGAACCUCGAGCAACCGUCAACAUGGUGUUCGCGUGGAAAGCCGCUGGUUUGAGCUACAACCGCUACCUUGCCGUCGCAGCCCGCGCCGUGCGCCGAAGCUUAAAGGAGGAAAAGAGACUGGCUGCCGAGCGACGAGGAGAUAUGGAUCUACGAUUUGCCAAGUGGGAGAACGGCAAGAUGGGCGAGCCAAGACCCUUAGCUGAAGCCUACACCGCCGCCACUUCUUCUUCGUCGCCCAGCGGCUCAGCAUAAACUAGGAAAUAUGCAAAUCCACUAUAAGAGCGAAACUUGCGAGGAUGGUUAGGAACCUCAAAGAGGGAGAUGCGCGCGCGUGCGAAUAGACAAGGUCAACGAUGACGAGUAUCAUACCGCCUCGUGCAUAGCUGUAUAAAAUAAAACAGGUUCAUCCAAAAGCACGAGUUUAUUGGGGUUAUCAAAAGUAAAUACUUGAUUUGUGAGUCCCUAAUGUAGCAUGUUCGUGAUACUAUUGAUUCAUGCUGUUGAGCCGCACCAAAGUAGUGCAUGCAUGCAAUGUAAGUAUCCAUGCGUCCGUCUAUAAAACCCAACACUUAAAGUCAGUGUUCCCUCUACGGCUCUAAGUUAGACAGUAUAAUACUUACUCCAGCUACUUUUGUCAGGGCAUUAGAAACACCGAAUCCUACCUAAGGUACCUAUCAUACCUAAAGGAGUGUGCGCAUUGUAUUAGAGCAGUAUUUCAUGUUGAUAUUAGGUAGGUACCUGAUAUUACAUAUU